CUCUCACUCCCUCUCUCUCCUGAAAAAAAUAUAGAACCGCCAUGGCUGAAUUGAACUGUUCAACGAAAAUUUCACUUAUACCAGCUCUAAUACUUCUUCCUCUUCUUCUUAUUUUCCACCUAUCUCCCUUGAACCUCCAAAACAACCUUACCAAUUUUUUAUAUAGCUCCAUAAAUUAUACCCACAUCAAAACAAACCAUGAAAAUCUCCUAUCCUCAUCCUCAGCGGCUGCAUUUCCGGCACUCAAAAGCAUUGGUGGCAACUUAGCUACUGUAACUUCUAAUAGGCGUAAGAGAAAAAGGAGUAGUUUGGAGAGGCUUGAAGAUGAUUUAGCUAGAGCUCGAGCGGCUAUUUAUGAAGCAAUUCGAUCACAUAACUAUUCAUCAACCAAACCACAAACUUAUAUUCCGAGAGGAGACGUUUACAGAAAUGCUUACGCUUUUCAUCAGAGCCACAUAGAAAUGGAGAAGAGAUUCAAGGUUUGGGUCUACAAGGAAGGAGAACUACCCUUGAUCCAUGUCGGACCGGUGAACAACAUCUACGGCAUCGAGGGGCAGUUCAUCGACGAGAUGGAGAGUGGCAGCAGCAAUUUCUUAGCCAACCAUCCAGACGAAGCGCAUGCAUUCUUUCUCCCCAUCAGCAUUGUCAACAUCGUCAGCUUUCUUUAUAAACCUCUUGUCACCUAUUCUCGUGACCAAUUGCAACGCUUUGUUAUGGAUUAUGUUGGCAUUGUAGCUAACAAGUAUCCUUACUGGAAUCGAAGCGAUGGGGCUGACCACUUCUCAGUUUCUUGCCACGAUUGGGCACCAGAAAUUUCCAGAGCCAACCCUGAGCUUUACAAGAACUUCAUCAGAGUACUUUGCAAUGCCAAUACAUCAGAAAGAUUCCAACCUCAAAGAGAUGUCUCAAUUCCAGAAAUCAACAUCCCCAAGGGAAAACUUGGCCCUCCGAAUCUCCAGUUCUCGACAAAACAACGUCCAAUCCUUGCUUUCUUCGCCGGAGGAGCCCAUGGUUACAUAAGAAAGUCCUUGUUAAAGCAUUGGAAAGAUAAAGAUGAAGAAAUUCAAGUCCAUGAAUACCUGCCAAAGAAGGAAGAUUACUUCAAAUUAAUGGGUCGUAGUAAAUUUUGCUUAUGCCCUAGUGGAUAUGAAGUGGCAAGUCCUAGAGUUGUGACGGCAUUUCAUGUGGGGUGUGUUCCUGUGAUAAUUUCUGAUCAUUAUGCGUUACCAUUUAGCGAUGUUCUAGAUUGGAGUAAAUUUUCAGUUGACAUUCCAUCGGAGAAAAUACCAGAGAUUAAGGAGAUUUUAAGAGGGAUAUCAGAUAAGAAGUAUUUGGAGAUGCAGAAAAAUGUGCAACAAGUUUCGAAACAUUUUGUGAUGAAUCGGCCUGCCAAGCCAUUUGAUGUGAUUCAUAUGUUGCUUCACUCGGUUUGGUUGAGGAGGCUUAAUUUUAGGCUACUGCCAUCUUGAUCUCUUGGUUGCUUUGAUUUAUUUUUUUCUUCUUGUAGUAUACAAUUGAGCGGUAAAGUGGUUAUAAAAAGAAUUACUGUACUUGAA